CUCUCCGUCUUCUCCGCCCUCAGAUAGGGCCAGCAUCACAUCAGCCGCGGGCGAUGGCACCUCUCCACCUUCUCCACCAAGUUCCUCCUCAGCCGUAGUCGAUGGCGCUCCACCUUCUCUGCCCUGUUCCUCCUCACACGAGGCUAGCAACGCAUCAGCGAAAGGCGAUGUCAAAAUCGAAAAUUGCAAAAAAUUACUUCAAAAGUUGGAUUCUCUCUACGGAAAAGUUCAAAAGUUUACAAAUAUGGAGAUACAAGAUGCAAUUGGGAAUCCGCCAAGCGAACAGCGAGAUUAUCGCCUUUUAGAUUUCUCAUAUGGCACCAGCAUGCACAACAAGAGCACUCAAGCUAAGCUUCGAGCUAUCCUCGCCGAGAGAAGCUUUGCGUUAGAAUUUGAGCUAUGGGAAUUAGGAAAGGGUCCCUCAAAAGUUCAAGCGAUUACAGAAAGCUUAAAAGCUGCGGCGCAACCAAAAGAAGGCUCAGACGCUGCGUCGCAACCAAAAGAAGGCUCAGACGCUGCGUCGCAACCAAAAGAAGGCUCAGAUGCUGCGGCGCAACCAAAAAGAGGCUCAGACGCUGCGGCGCAACCAAAAGAAGGUCGAGCUUGCCAGCGAAAAACAUUCCUAACGGGAAUCGGAACUCCUAUUACUGAUUUAUCGAUCUCGUUAAUCGCCCUUGGUCGCGGGAUAAAACUUCUUGUCAUCGAACGUUUGCUCAAGAUCGUCCUCGGCGAUGACGAAGAGAUGGGCAUCGCUGGAAUAACAUCCUUUUCGCCGUUUGUAUAUCAUUCAUGGCGAUCGCUAUCUUAUGAUCAAGUUCCAAUUUUCAUCCGAGAAUUCAAAAACAAUAGCAAACUGCUAAAUCAUGCCAAAGAGACGACGCCCUGGAUAAAGGAAGCCCAAUUUCAUUACAAUAGUCAAAUUAAUCGUAGCGCAAAGCGGAAACGACAGCAGCUCACAACUUUAUCGUACUAUUCUGCUCCAAUGGCUCCUCGUAUCUCUCGCCGCAGGCUGAUGCACUCGGGUGAACUCGCAAAUGCUUCUAGGUAUCUAGCCCGUCCACCUCCAAACUGCCGAACUCUAACGCUGAUCCUCCACAAAGUCAAUCAUACUCGCAAUCUUUCACCACCCCUCCCUCAGAAAGCGUCACCAACAUGCCAACACACAACCAUCAGACUGAACACUCAGGUUACUUAUAUCGAUCUCCCAUGCCACAGGGAGAUAGGUGGGGAUUAUGCUUAGGAGCGGGAAAUGGUGUGUGACACAGAGCCUACUUUUUAGCAAAGCUAACGUCUCUUUACAGGCGAAUAUACUCGGCAGCCGCAGACUCAAGAAGGUCCAGGUAAGUAUAGAAGAUUUGUUUAAACCACAGCUAUUGCUGAUACCUAAAAGGCCAUUAUGGGGGACCACAGUUCCCACUGGAGGACAUCCGAACCAACCACGA